AUGCCAAGCGGGCCGCCGCGCCGAAGGGGCAGCCGCCACCACGGGGGCGGCGGGGCGGGAAAGCCUCCCCGGGGCACUCACUUCCCGGCCCUCCUCCGCCGCUCUGCGGGCCGCCGCGGGGAGCUCACGCCCGGCUGCCAACGGAGCCGGCGGCGGCGCCCGGGCGGCGGCGAGCAGGGUGCCGGGCAGCGCCAGCGCGCGGAGGCGGAGGCGGCCGGGCUCAAGACGCUUGGGGCGCGAGGGGCAGCUCGAGCGGGCCCCCUCCGCGCGGGCGGCGUCACCGCAGACUGUGAUGUCAAUCGUCACGCAGCCCCGCUGCGUCAGUGCGGCGAGGGGACCGGCGCGCUGUGCCCCCUGCGGCUCGUCAGUGAGGCCUGGGAUGUCGGGGCCGAAGCCGCCUCCCGCAGCGGGAGCGGCCUCGCUGGGAGGAAAAGCGGUGGAGAGGAGAGGCCGCGCUGGGAUGGAGGGCUGUCCCGCCUCCUCCGGGGGCCAGCCCCCACCGCUGGCCGGCGUGGCCGAGACAGAGGUCGCUCGAGGUACCUGUUUUGCCACGGUUGCUUCGCCUUUUCCAAAGAGAAACUCGCCCUUGGCGGGAGCCUGGGCUGCUUCCCCAGAGACCUUCCAGAGACUAGGUCUCCUGUAGAUGAUCGCACAGCAGGAGCAGAAGACCCAACUGACCUGCAGACAACACUGAAAAUUCUUCAGCAAGAGCUGGAAUCAUUUCAGACAUUUGGGCAACAGACUCUGGAGAAUAUUUACAUGGUACAGUCUAAAAUCCGUGAGAUACUAAAUAAAUACACAUUCGAAAGGAAAACUCCACUAUGUAGUUCAGACAAGAUUCUGAUGACUUGCACACCAAGUGAUGCGUCUCUGCUUAUGGAAUAUCCUGAAUCGCUGUCCUCUAAGAGAGAAGUUCAUCACGAUCAACAACCCUGUUCAGACGAGCAUGUGGAAGUAAACUCCAAUACUGGAAAUGUCAUCAGUGAUAUAAACACUCCACACAGGAUUUCGCUUAAGACUACAGCAAUUGAAAAGGUUGAAAAAUCAGAAGAUCUGUUCGGAAACAACAGGAUACUUGCAAUAGAAAAUGAAUGUAAAUGCGGACAUCUGCUAUCUGGCACUGAUUUGGAGACAGAAAGGUUGAAUGCUGCCCAUAAGAAGGUCAUUUUGAGUGAAUCUAAACAUCAUAUAUCUUCUCCCAAGUUUGGGAAAGAAUUUCAUAAAACAGACAAUAUUAACUAUCUUACCAAGUUCCUGAAACCAGAAUUUCAGCAGUCAGUCCAUAAUGAUUUGGAUUUGUUAGCAGAUAAUACAGAAAAAUCUGGCUUUUCAUACAGAGAAAAAUUUAAUAACUUUAAAAAAAGUGCAGAAAUGGUGACCUCUUUAGAUGAAUCACAUAUUGGUUUAGAUCCAGUUCAAGAAAAUGGCCUACAUUUUGAUCAAGAAUUUCAUAAAGACUCCAAAUGUGCUAAUGUAUGGGGUGGUUCUCCCACAACAGUAUACAGUGAAAAAGCAGAAUCUCAAAGCAAAAAUGUACGUAAAGAAUUUAGAAUCAAUUACAGUGAAGGUGACAGAUUCCAGAUUAAUUCUUUUUCCGAGAUGGUGAAAGAUAAGCUACUAAUGCUUGAUAACAAACAGAAACUGGAAAAAGAAAAAGAACAACAACAGACUACUUUAAAUCAAACGCUACCGAGGCCAGGAAAUCAGAAAUUCUGCGAAAUCAAAGUAGCCUCUGAAUAUGAUGGCAAAAUGGAAGCAUUGCAGAAGUCCCUGAAAAAUUCCAAGGAUUUGCAAAAAACAGCACAUGAUCUUCCAAAUAAAAAUCUAGCUCUCAAGAACAAAGUGGAACCUCUUACUCUUACCAUACAGUCUUCAAAAGAAAAAAUAUCAAAAUAUAAUGUGCAAAUUAUAUAUUUAGCUGAAGAAAAGAAGUGUGUGCAACCCCAGUUGGUUAAAUCACAAGAAGAUAAUAAGGAAUGUGUUAAGGAAGCAAAGAACUUCUUAAUAAAAUGGAAAGAACCCCAAAACCAGAAAAACAUCCUUGAGGAAGAGAGGAAUCAACUCCCUAAUAGAAACCAACAUUCAAUACAGACACAACAUGAUUUUCAAAUUAGCAACCAGAAAGUAGAAGAAAAGAUGACUGCUGUUACCUGUGAAAGACAGAGGCUCAGUGCAAUCCUAAAGUUCUUGCAAAAGGAACACUUCAAGUUACAAGAAACAAAUGAAAAACUUGAGAUGGAAAUAUCCCAGCUUACAAAAGAAAACAGUUCCCUAAAGCAAGAGCUUGAAAGAAACCAGAGUUCAAUGCAACAAAUAAAAGAAAAAGAAACCGCAGCAAAAUCUGAACUGGAAACUCAUCUUCAGUUAAUGAAGACACUGGAAGCCAAAAGCCUUAACCUUGAAAUGGCCCUACAGGAAUGUUCUGAUACUAAACAGAUGCUGCAGAAGGACUUUGAGAAACUCCAAUCAGAUAAAGCUUAUACAGAAAAGAAACUCAUGACUGAACUCAGAAAUGCAAAAGCAGAUAUUGAUCUUUUAAAGUCUAACUUGACCAGUGCAAACAGAGAAUGCAAGAGGUUAUCAACAGCACUAACAAACGUCACAGAGGAAAAUCCGUUACUUAAGAAAGAACUGCAGGAAUAUAGACAAGACACUUCCAAAUAUGAAAAUGACAUUAGAAAAUUGACCAAAGAACGCUUACUAUUAGAAAAUCUCCCGCGGACUACUGAAAAUGAGAGAGACGUAUCACAGUCUGAAUUCCGCCGUUUGCUUAAGGAUUGUAUUCAUCUCCGACGCCAAGUUACAGCUGUAGUCUGUGGGCAAGGGAAACCUGGUUACACUUCUGGUACCACACAAUAUUACUGUUACUCUGAAUAUUCCACUAGAAUUUGUAGAGAAAUCUCUGUCUAA